AUGAAAGCCGAUAAAGGAUCUGUAUGUGUCAUUAUGGAUAAAGAUCAUUAUAAAUCCAAAGUAUUUGAAUUAUUAUCAACAGGAACUUCAUUUAAAAAGAUGAACGAAUUAGAUGAAAGAGGAAAACCAAAUACUAUUGAACAUGUUGUAAAGAAAAUGGAGAGUAAAUUAGAUCAUAGAUUGAAGGAAUUAAAAAAAGCAAAAAGAUUAUCACAAGAUGAUUACGAUUAUAUUCAUUGCACAGGAUCACGAUGUUCAGUAUUAUUUUGUAAUCCCAAGAUCCAUAAAGAAGGAAUGCCAUUGAGACCUAUAAUAUCAACAAAUAAUAGUUAUAAUUAUAAAUUAGCAAAGUAUUUAACUAAGUUAGUGGAAGAUGCUCGACAAAAACCAAAAUCUUAUGUGAAAGAUUCUUUUUCAUUUGCUCGACUUAUCCAAUUAAAACAACCAGCCGCGAAUGAUAUAAUGAUAAGUCUUGAUGUAGAAUCCCUAUUUACUAAUGUACCAGUCUACGAAGCAGUAGAACUAGCUAUUAAGAUCAUUAUAGAUAAAAAGAAAAUUGAUAAAAACUAUACCAAAUUAACAGCAAAAGAUUUGAGAAAUUUAUUCCAAUUAGCUGUAACAAAUACACCAUUCAGAUUUUAUGAUCAAUUAUAUAUGCAAGUAGAUGGAGUUAGUAUGGGAUCACCAUUAGCCCCGAUACUUGCAGAUAUAUUCAUGACUUAUAUUGAACAACAAAUUGAAGAAUAUGAGUAUUCAGAUAAAAUAAAAUUAUAUGUAAGAUAUGUUGAUGAUACAUUCAUCAUCUUUAAUGGUAAAGAAAACGAUAUUCAACAACUAGUUGAAUUCGUUAAUAAACUCCAUCCAAAACUAAAAUUUACUCAUGAGAUAGAAAGUAAUUUUGAAUUACCAUUUCUGGACGUAAAGGUGGUAAAACAGCGAACAAAAUUUGAAACGACGAUAUUUAGAAAGAAAACAUAUACUGGUCAACUGUUACAUUGGCAGUCAUGUCAAGCAAAGAAAUAUAAGAUUGGUUUAAUUAAGACAUUAACAUUUCGAGCAUUAAGUAUUUGUUCUUCUAAACGACUAUUAGAAGAACAAUGUGAAUUAAUUGAGAGAACAAUGAUCUGUAACGGAUAUCCAGUUAACCUAGUUAAAAGAAAAAUUAAAAAUACUAUUGAACAAUAUCAUAAUAAUAGAUCAACAAUUAAAAAUAAGAUAAAAACAAAAGAAAAAAAGCUUUUUAUACCACUUACUUACUAUGGUGAUGAAACAAUCAUCAUGUCUAAUAAAAUUAAAAACAUAAUCAAAUCAUUAUUUCCAACAUUUGAGAUUAUCUUUGGAUAUAAGAAAGGAACAACAUUAGCAAAACUAUUUACAAAGAAUUUCAAGGGAAAAGAUCCAAUGGAAAUUGGAGUUGUUUACAAACUUACAUGUAAAACUUGUGAUCAAGUGUAUAUUGGUCAAACAAAACUAAAUAUAAAUGAAAGGAUGAAACAACAUAAAGAAGGAUUACGUAAACCCGAAACCUCAAGAGCAGCAGAUCAUAUGAUUAAUAACAAAAAUCAUGUAAUUGACUUCAGUAAACCAGAAAUCAUUGGAAGAGAUAUACACAGAAAAAGACGUGAAAUUAAAGAAACUUUGCUGAGCUUACAACAUCAAAAAUCAUACAAUAAGAUCAGUCAUGAACUUAUGAUAUUCACAAACUAA